AGUGCAUAGCAUAACUGAUAGGAGUGAACCACCAAACCACAACUGGUACACAACUUUUUCUUUUAUCAGACUGAAGAGAAGCCACCAUCAGAGGUCAUCAAGGUCAACAUGCGCAAUCUGGACUAUAAAACCGUCUUCAUCUCACUCUGCAUUUUACACCUCUUCUUUGUCUGUGAAGGGCGCCCCAUAAGAAAAAGGACGGUGAGUGAGGUCCAGCUCAUGCACAACCUCGGGGAGCACAGGCAGGUGCAGGAGCGCCGGGAGUGGCUGCAGAUGAGACUCCGGGGCAUCCACACCGCGCUGGCCCGGGGCAGCAGCGGGGAGGCUGGCCGGACGAGGAGGAGGCUGCGUCCCGAGGAGCUGCCCGACCUGAGCGACCUGACACCGGAGGAGAUCCAGUACGCUCUGAACCUCUUGGAAAAGCUCCUCAAGUCCAAGCAGUCAUGAUUUUGAUUUUAUUUAACAACAUUUCCAACAUCCUUUUUACAGAGGUUUACAGGCUAGUUUCUAUUUUUCUAUUUGGAAAAAGCGUUUGAAGACGUCUGGAUGUGUCCGUCUAUUGUUAGAAUGUUCUUUUAUUUUAUUUAUUCUACAUUUUCACUUUAUUUAUUUCAUUUUAUUUAUGAACUUGAUAUUUAUGGAACUGAUAAAAGGGGAAACUGAGCCUCGACGAGGCAAAGCUUCCCCGUUGUGUAUGCACUUUAACUUAACAAGUGGUGUUGUGAGCCACUCAUAAAGCUGCUUACUUCAACAAGCUGAAGGAGACAGAGUCGGACCAACAGUGCUGUGUAUUAUUGGACAGUGCCCUUAUCGACGGGCAUUCCUCUUUUAUUUCAUGUCAAUUUCGUAUAAAUGUAUGAUUUUACACUGUAGACUUACUUAUAAUGAAACUUAUUUUUUUCUUGGAUUUUGACUGUAAAACGUCAAACGGACAUUGUAAGGUUAGGCUUAAUAAUAGACUAUGCACUUCAUCAACAUAGAAAUAAAUGAUAUAUUUUUUUAAAUGUUUUUAUCCAGCAUAAAAUAGGCCGUUUUAUUUUUAGACGUAGGUCCUAUGCUAUGUGUGUAAA